UUCAAAUGUCGCAAAACCCAAAAGAUCUCGUUUCUGCGUCUUGUCUUUUUUGAUUUUCCCUCUCAAAGUCAAACUCCAUGUUUUCUCUCUCGAUCCACCAUCCCAAAUGAAGGUUCUCAAUUAGGGUUAGGGUUUUUCCUUUUCCAUUUUCCCCUUUUUUUCUGAAUUUUUUUUGGGUGUUCCUUGUUGACUGUCGUCGAUUGAGAAGAAAAAGCAGAAAAAGACUCUUCAGAUCUCAGAUUUCGGAAUCAUGGAUCCUGCUUCCCAGGAGGAUCAAGAUCGGGCGAUCCCAACUGUCCUGGAUGCAAGUGAGACGCCAGAGGGGGACAGCUUGGGUGGUCAGCCACUAUCUCCUAAAGAUGAAAGGAUUGUUGCCUGCAAUCCCCCCUCUGAUGUAUCUGUCAUCGGGCCUGCAAGGUCUGCCAUUGAGCGACCACAUACUUCAGAUGCAAGUGAAGGCCUUCGCAUUAUACCGCCACAUGAUGUUUAUACUCAGCAUGAACAAAACUUCUCAUAUGGAAGUUAUGGCUAUGGCACAGGUACAUGGGAUGGAUACGCUCAAUAUCCUAGUGCUGCCGAGGGCUUACAUAUGUCUCCUGUGAUCUAUAAUGAUAAUUCAUCUCUUGUAUUCCCUUCUGGGUAUGGCUUCAAUCCUGAUAUGGCAUAUGGGCAAUACUCUCCUGUUGCCACACCCGUGCCUUCUAUAAUGCUUGAUGGGCAAUUAUACUCUCCUCAGCAGAUCCCAUUCUCACCAUCUUUCUAUCCACAACAUAAUCCAAAUUUUCCUUCAUCUGUUCAUGUUUCGCCGUCUGAGCUUAUGGCAUCAGAUAAUAAUAAUGAAAGCUACCCGUUCGGGCCUGGCUCAGGUUACUUUGUACAUUAUGGGUCUUUCGGCGGAGGGAACAUGUCUGGUGCACCUGGUUCCAGUCCGUUAGCAUCUCCUGCUGCUUAUCAUCAACCUAUGGGUAUAUUGGGUUCAUAUGAGCACCAUGUUGGACAGGUUUCACAACAAAGUCCAGUGCAUGGAUAUGGAUCAACUUCAACUUCCUCUAUGGGAAGAUAUCAGCGUGGGGGAUCAUAUCAGUCCUCUAACUUUGGUGGCAAUUCUGUUUCUUAUGCUGGAGAUAGGACACGGUUCGGUCUUGACAAGGGUAGGAGAAGAGAACAGGAAUCACUUUAUUUUACAAAUGACUCCUUUGGAUUUGACCGUAAUCGAGGGCCUCGGGCUUCAAAGCUUCGAAGUAAGAGUGCCGCCGAACAAGCUUAUUCUGGUAAUGGGAUAGAUGAAUCAUUGGGGUCCGAAGCUACACCUAGCUUAUACAACCGUCCAGAUUUUGCAACUGAUUAUGAUACUGCAAAGUUUUUCAUAAUAAAGUCUUUCAGUGAAGAUAACGUGCAUAAAAGUAUCAAAUAUGGGGUGUGGGCUAGCACUCCUCAUGGUAACAAAAAGUUGGAUGCUGCUUAUAGCCAGGCAAAGGAGAUAGAUGCUAAAUGUCCAGUCUUCCUCCUGUUUUCGGUCAAUGCCAGUGGACAGUUCUGUGGGGUAGCUGAAAUGCUUGGCCCUGUGGAUUUUAGCAAAGAUGCUGAUUACUGGCAGCAAGAUAGGUGGAAUGGCCAGUUUCCAGUCCGCUGGCAUAUUGUUAAAGAUGUUCCCAACAGUCGGUUUCGUCAUAUACUCCUUGAAAAUAAUGACAACAAACCUGUUACUCACAGUCGUGAUUGUCAGGAGGUGAAACUAGAACAUGGUGUUGAGAUGUUGAAUAUAUUCAAGGGUCAUGAUUCACAUACAUGCAUCCUAGAUGAUUUCGAAUUUUAUGAUCAGCGAGAGAGAACUUUGAAGGAAAGGAGGAGCAAGCAACAAACAAUUCCAACUGUGGAUUCUACAGGUCUACUUGGUUAUGAGACUCUAAGUAAGAUAUCAGACACUUUUGCAGAAGCGCUUAAGUUGGAUGAUGGUGCUAAAGAAACUGCAGUAAUUGAAGUUGGUGCUGGCUUAAUAACUGAUUCUGUACACUACCCUGCUGCUAAUGAUUCCAGUUCUGCUAUUGAGGCUAUCAGCAAUGAGUCCAACCCUGCAGUAUUAUGUGACAAGGAUUUUGUCACAGCUAAGCCAUCUGAUGCAGUUACUGUGGCAGCUGAUAGUAAGAAAGUACAUAUAGUUGAGUUGAGCAGUGAUGACCAAGAUUCAGCUCAUUGAUACAAUGGUUGACCAGUGGAGGAGUUUGUGGGGGAGUUUCAGUUAACUUGUAUCAGCUUUUGGAGAACAGUAAAAUGGGAUCCUUGUCCAUGACUUUAUAUUACAGAAUUCUUUUGUUACUGACACCGGUCGAGGGGGGUAUGUCCGACAUCUUUGAGCUGCUGGACUGCAACAUAACAAACAUUCUGUUUUUGUCUAUUUUCCGGUUCUGUAGUCAAUUGCUCUUCGAAAAGCUAGAAGGGGCUCUUCAGGCAAAGCAUCUGGGCAUGUUGUUCCUCAUUUAAUCAAACUGAAGGAUGCACGUGGCAUUCGAGAUUUGAAGUAGUUGGGAAUGACUGCAUUGUUGGGAUGCUGGGUCUUUUUUGAAUUUGUAUACUACCUGCCUGAUGCCCUGUUAAUUCACUGUAAUCCUAGGGUUCUUUUAUUGGAUUGUAAGGGUGAAUGGGCCAGGCAUUCGGUUGAUGGGAAAUGAUUGUAAAGUACCUCCGCCUUUGGGGGGCAAAAUAAUUACAAGAAAAGAGAAGGGAGAGAUGAAAAUUUACAUUAGCAACAAUUGUCUAUACUCACAGGAACUGUUUUGUCUCCCAAGGGGUGAUUGGAUCAAAGGAAGAGAUGUGGAAUGGUAUAAUUGUCGUCAUCUCUAAUGUUUAGCUGUUGGAGAUGCAGGAGUUUGUUGAAAGUCCCAUCUAGUGAUAUUUAUUGUUCUUAAUCUUUAAGGGUGAUGCAGGUAGCAAUAAAGAAGGAAGUUUGACUCUCUCUCGGUCUUGAUCGCUUGCCAGGCAUUGCAGUUUGAGGUAAUAGAUAAUCUUAUGAGUCCGGCCAUGGUGUUCUUGAUUUAUUUCUCUGUUGAAUUUGGAUUGGCUCUGCAUGUUAGGCAACUGGGUAGUCAGGCUUGCAUCCUAGUAUUUCCUACUCCAUUUUAUAUCAUGUUCUGGUGUCAGGUAACGCUUAGGAGUAGCCAUAAAAGAACAUAAUCAUGACCUUUGUGAAAUAUCCUGUUUUACUGUCUUAAUUUUUCGUACUCUUUCUCUAUUUCAGGCAAUGAGUCUCUUCUAGUCUCUUUUUUCUAAUUGUAAUGUUAUGAUGAUUUGCAAGAGAGUAGAGGAGCUAAUAGAAGUUCAGAGUAUUGUGCUCUGAACAAAGUGAAUGUAUUUGCAAGAGGUAACUUUCUGUACAAGCUAUGGUAAAUACAAGUCAGCUGAGUGGCGGUGGAAGCGAAGUGAACUGUUGAAAGACAGUUGCUUCGUGUUAGAAUGAAAAUCGGGGUUUGAGUUGAAGUACGAGGCACCCGAAUUCCCUGUGUGAAGCAUUUGGUGGCAUGUCCAUUGGUUGAUGAAGCUCAAUGAGUAAGUUCUGCUCUCCUUCAAACUAGGUAAUAGCACGAGCAAGCGCUGUAUAUUCAACGUAAGAGAUUUACGAGUAGGAAUGAUAAUCGACAAAGUGCGUGGUGCUUACAAGACUCCUUGUUCAGCAUCGUGACCAAAGGCACAGCAUGCUGCCAAACAUUUAUCUUCCCCUUGUGCAUUCUGCGACAACUUUUUGG